AUGGUGAGGGACGAAUUCCUGAACAGCGUCGGAGUAAACUACCUUUUUGUCCCUUGGAUUUGCUGCCUUAUGUUGCUUGAAUCAUCGCCGUUUCUUCCCCGAACCGCAAUUUGUCAUCAAGUACUAUGGAGUGUGCUGGUGAUGCCGGUGUUGGCGCUGGAUUUGAAGAUUUACGGCCAGUAUUUGACCAAGGGGAAGAGGCAUCUAGCGAUUGUGGGGAAUCCGACGAGCCAGUUGACGGUGAUAGGGAACAUGGUGGGGGCGCAGGCGGCGGCCCGUGUGGGCUGGAGGGAGAGCGCGAUGGGGAUGUUUGGGGUUGGGAUGGCACAUUACGUGGUACUGUUCGUGACGUUGUAUCAGAGGUUGCCUGGAGAACACAAUGGAGGUGUUCCGGCGACGCUGAGGCCGGUGCUGUUCUUGUUCUUUGCGGCUCCGAGUGUGGCUAGCUUGGCUUGGGGCUCCAUUAUCGGCCACUUCGAUUCUGCCUCCAAGAUGCUAUUUUUCCUCUCCCUCUUCCUCUUCAUGUCGCUGAUAACGAGGCCGGUGAUAUUCAGGAAGGCGAUGAGGAAGUUCGACGUGGCAUGGUGGGCUUAUUCGUUUCCUCUGACGGCUCUGGCAUUGGCUUCGGCUCAGUACGCCGAGGAGGUUAAAGGAGCCAUGCCGCAUGCGCUCAUGUUGCUUCUGUCUUCCAUCUCCGUCGUGGUGUCUCUGUUCUUAAUGGUCGUCACUGUUCUUCAUACCAACUUACGCUUCUCGUAG